AUGGAGAAGAAGAGCUUGUCUGAUACUGACAAUGACACUUCUAAUCAUGUGGAGAUUGUGUCUUUGAACAAUGUCCAAACAGGGAUAAUUCUCCCCCAAGGAUCCGCCGAGUCCGCCGAUGAACACAAUCGUGCUCCAGUCUGGCAGUCACGUCCCACCUACACCAAGAGCGGAAUCCGGGGGCUGUUCUCUUCGAAAUACGUGUUUCUAUGUGCACUAUUUGCUACCAUGGGAGGCGUCCUUUUUGGUUAUGACCAGGGUGUGGUAUCGAUUACGCUUGUGAUGCCUCAAUUCCUUGAGGAGUUUCCUGAGGUCUCCCCAGAUGACCCGGGAGCUGGAUUCAAAAAGGGCCUCAUGACUGCUAUUCUUGAGUUGGGGGCUUUCAUUGGUGCUCUGAACCAGGGCUGGAUCGCCGACAAGAUAUCCCGCAAAUGGAGCAUAUUCACUGCUGGCUGUAUCUUCCUCCUUGGUGCCGCUCUACAGACUGGAUCAGUCUCCUUUGCUAUGUUGACCGUCGCCCGCUUUAUAGGAGGGGUUGGCGUGGGAAUGCUUGCUAUGGUCGCCCCGCUUUACAUCUCUGAGAUUGCUCCUCCUGAGAUUCGAGGUACUCUGCUGGUUCUUCAGGAACUGAGCAUUGUCACUGGCAUUGUCAUCGCCUUCUACAUCACCUACGGCACGCGCCAUAUUCCAAGUCACUGGUCAUGGCGUCUUCCCUUCCUGAUCCAAAUGAUCCCGGCUAUCUUCAUGGUUUCCGGUGUCUUCAUGUUGCCUUAUUCUCCUAGGUGGCUGUGCCAGCGCGGUCGAGAUGAAGAGGCUCUUCAGACACUUGCCAAGAUUCGUGAACUACCCACCAGCGACGAGCGAGUUCUGCGGGAAUGGUGCGAAAUUCGGGCUGAAUGCGCAUAUUGCAAGGAGGCAUCAGAAAAGAAACACCCCGAUCUGAUUAGCCCUGGAUUGUGGAAUACUAUCAAGCUUCAAUUGGCGCUGUAUGUUGAUUGCUGGAAAAUGCCCAUCUAUAAACGCACUCAGGUAGCUGUGGGCCUGAUGUUCUUCCAACAGUUUGUUGGUAUCAACGCUCUCAUUUAUUACUCGCCAACCCUGUUCGAAACAAUGGGCCUAGACUACGAGAUGCAACUGACCAUGUCAGGUGUGAUGAACAUCUGCCAGGUUGUCGCCUGUGUCUGGUCUCUUUGGGGAAUGGACCACUUCGGCCGCCGCAAGCUUCUUUUGGGUGGCGCGCUGUGCAUGUUCCUUUCGCACUUUAUCAUUUCCAUUCUGGUCGGAAAAUACAAUGGAAAAUGGACCGAUAAUACUGCGGCUGGCUGGGCCAGUGUGGCUUUGAUUCUCUUCUUCAUGUUGUCAUUCGGAGCCACCUGGGGUCCUAUCCCCUGGGCAAUGCCUGCGGAAAUCUUCCCUUCUUCGCUUCGUGCGAAAGGAUGUGCUUUUGGCACCAUGUCUAAUUGGGGCAACAACUUUAUCAUUGGGUUGAUUACACCUCCAAUGCUCCAGAACAUUGGCUUUGGUACUUACGUCUUCUUUUGCUGCUUCAGCGCUCUAUCGGGAAUAUGGGUGUAUUUCCUUGUUCCUGAGACCGCCGGUCGUACCCUGGAGCAGAUGGACUCUGUAUUCAAAGACAAGUCCACUAUUGAGGAAGCUGAAAGUCGUGCCGCCAUUCUUGCUGGAUUUAUGGAACAGUCUAUGGAGCGACCAACCAGGUCAUAG